AUGGCGCAAGACGGAGGUCUCCACGCAGACUUGUCAAGUGAGGACGUAUCUCAAAGGAGCCAACCGGCUGCUACUGCUGCUGCUGCUACAUCAAAGCCGGUUUAUUUUGUCGCCUGCAACCCAACACCAAUGUCCUCCUUCUCAUCUUCCGUCAAUGCGCAUUUCACCUCCUUCUCCUCCGUGAGCUUUCCAUCUGCUGAAGAGCACACAUCCCUGCAAGUGGACGGACAGAACAGGGAUGUGGAUGUUGAUGCUGUGUCCAGAUCCCUGAACGCUGACCAGAGUGGCACAUGCCAUACUAUUCUGGACUCCCCCUCACCCUCCCAUAACGAGGGCGCCUUCGGGUGUUUGGAUCCCCUUCAAAAGACGUCAGAGCCAAGAGUUCCUGUUGGCGCCGAUGGCGGCGGCCACUUUUCUGGGCUGCCUUGUGUCAGCGACUUUUUCUUCGAUACCCACACGACCACCACAACACCCUCCGUGUUUGGUGAUGGCGGCAAAGACGCCGUGCAUGUGUGCUUUUCAUCCCACCUGGCUCCGAUUUCUUCCUGCAGCGGCACCAGCAGCAGACCUAUCUGGCGUCCUCUAGACGACCUACAG